UCGCUCAGUCACACACACACUCACACACGCAUGGUGCUCCCGAUGGGGAAGAGCUAGCGUGGGUUGGCCGAUUCCACUCAUUUGCCAAUUCAUCCCGAACACUAACGCCGCUUCUUACCAUCUGCUCUUCAAGCGGGGUUUUUUUUCGUGUUCCAAAGUAUUUAUUUUUUAACAAGCAUUCAAACUUAUUAUUUUUCAAUUUUAUUUGAAUUGAUUUUGGAUUUUAAAAAACGCACAUUAGCAUGGGGUGCUACCUGAAAAGCGCGUAUUUUCUGGUGCCGGUUGUCGCACUGCAGUUCAUCCUGGCCCCCAGCCCGGUGAUUGCGGCCGGUCGGAAAUGUGGCUACAUCUACAAGGGCUUUGCGGAGUGCCUACUGAGGCUGGGGGACAGCAUGACGGAGAGCAUGCAGCAAGGGGGCGAGGAGCUGCUGGAGAUCGACUCCGUCUGCAGGUCCUGGGAUGAGUUCCACCGCUGUGCAAGCGCGGCUCUGGCAGGCUGCCCUGAAGAGGCGGCUGUGGUGUGGGAGUCUCUGAGGCAGGAGUCCAGGAAGAUGCAGUUCUCUGGGAACCUCUACGACAUGUGCAGCAACCGAGCCAAACCUUCCACCAGCAUGCAGAACCGCAACCAAGAGGAGACCAAUCAGGAGUCCCUGCGGGGCUCCGCCCACCUGCCCGGCCACGCCCACUUCCUGGCGCUCUCGCUGGCCACGCUGGUGGUCAGGAUGUAGCUGUGCUCGCUGGGCUGGUCACCUCGGACCCCGAGCCGCUCUGGACUCCAUAAACACUCCAAGGCAAUUCGUAGCUUCUCUGCUCUGAAGAACACCCAGACUGUGUUCUUUUAUUCAGGAGCCGGGUAACAGACACACCACUUUAUCUGCCAGCCCAGUUUCUUGUUAGAAGAAGUUAGUAGCGGUACAUUAAUGUUGUCCGACACCUUGCUUCUCCUCACCUCCGAGUCCAGAACUCAUUUGAUACCGUCUCUCCUGACCCCCAGACAUACUCCACACACGACAAAAAAAUACCAGCUCUUUUUACAUCUUUAUAAUUACAAAGGGCUGUCAAAACAAAAGCUGAUUCAUGAUUAUAUGUGGGUUUAUUAGGGUCAAGGGAGAACGGGGCUGACUUUUCCACUUCAUUUUACACCUUGGUGAGAAAUGAAAGUGAAAUUGUCUGUUUACAAUCCCAAACACUGGGUAUAAAAGGCAUCCUUUAUCAUAUGGUCCUCAAGGGCACUACAAUGGCAAUGCAAUGGUUCAGUGGUGGCACAAAGGGCACUGGUGGUAAGAGUCAUUGAUAGCACACGUUAUUUUGAAAUACUAAGUGGUACUGCAUUGUUUCUAGCCACCCCUGGUUAUAACAGUUGGUCCAGACAGCAUCUUAAAGCAAUCUUGAUAGACAGGGGGGGUCUAUGAUGUGGGGAGGAGGUUGAGGUGAAAGUGUUGAAAGAUCGCAAUAUCACACGAUUUCUCAAGUCAAGGAAGUAAAGAUUAAAAUGGAUAUGCCACACAGGACGGCAGCCAGAUAGAGUGAGCUUCAGAGGAAACCAACACAGAUCUCAGUCUGAGAGAAACAGAACUCAGGAACAUUCAGAAUGGCGGCGCACCUUGUAAUGUAAAUCAGGUGUAAGGGAAGGGGUACAAAAUAUAUAUUUAAAUGGAGUUUCUAGGUAAGUACUUUAAAUAUAUAAAAUACAAAUAUUUAUUUUUGGAUGGAAUGGUUUUUCUUAGCUACACUGAUAGAUUUUGUAGGUGCCUUUGGGGAUGUAAAUGUAAGGUUUGCAUAAUGUUUACCCAGCACAACGUAUAUCACAUUUAACGUGGGUUACAUCAUCAUCAUCAUCAUCAUCAUCAUCAUAAUAACUACAUUACCUGUCCAGGGGCAUAAAUAGUGCGCUAUCAAAGCGCUGGCACUGAAACUAGCCGCUGUUUUGUUUUUUUUAAUUAUUAUUCUUGAGCAAAACACCUGUGCAGUACCUGUGGCUUCAAAAUGUAACUGAAGAGGACAAACAUGCGAGGAAACAUCCCAAAUUAUAUUUCUGAUAUCACCAUUAUUUUUUUUUUUUUGGUAUCAGUUGUUUGUAUGUCAAUAUUAAAAGAAAUGUUUUUUUUUAUGAAAUAUGUAUAUAAAAUAUCGCUUUGUUUAUCAGUUAUAUCAUUUAUAUAUUGUGUGUUUUGCAAGCAUGCAGUGGUACGAAAAUAAGUAUUCAUAAAACGUCUUAGCUUUAAUUGUUGUUUGUUUAUGUUGCAGUUCCAGAUUUGCAGAAGUGCAGGAGUGAAAGCUUUGGACUGGCAGUAUAUUAGUAAAUCUACACACAUACAUAUAUCUAGAAUUCAAUCGAUUUCUUUAUCUAUAGCUCUAUAUUGUAUCACACUCCGUCUUAGUCAAAACACAGUGGGGAAAAAAGGCUGAAGACAGAUAAUACAUUCUGUAAAAACUCAAUUUUUCAAGGAGUGCAUGUCUAAACAAGGCCGACGGCAAGGGUGCUGUAGGAAGAGAGAUCCAUCGAUCCUGUGUUAGGUUUGCACCCUCAAACACAGGCUAAACGCUAAAUGUGAUUAUACAUCUUAUAGCCUGAAAGCUGGCUGCACUUUAAGAGAUUAUCUUUGUUGGUGAUUUGUGACUGCAGGCAUGUUGUGCAGUGUGCAGCCUCUUACUGUCAUUGUUGUUGUUAUUAUUUUCAGUACACUAAGCUCUGCGUUUUUUAUUACCAGUUCUGUGUAGUUCCUGCGCUCUUUUGGAAAUGCUGCAGAGGAUUUGACUAGGAAGUGGAGUCGUGGUUUUUAAGAACGCGUAGUGUCACAGAGGAUCGGAGUCUCCAGCAACUGAGCAGGAUACGCAACAUUGUGUCAUUUGUGUUACAAUAAAGUACGACUCACUG